AUUCACACUCUUCUAUCUUACAUCUUUAGCCAGAGCAUCGUUAAGAUGGCGUACUUUAAGCAAGCUUUUCUCUUGAUUGCGCUCUUUGUUGCAAUUACAGUUAAUCUCUUUGGAUCUCCUAAGAUACAAUUGAUGGCUUUACGAGACUUACCCGAAGAUGUUGCACUGAUGAAAGAAAAAUUACUUCCCUUAGGUGAUUUACUAACUUGCUUAAGAUAUUGCAACGUCGAAAGCGAUUGCAGUGAUGGUUGGGUCUGCUCUAACUGUGUUCCAUCUGCGUUUGAGGGAUGGAGAUCUCAAUGUGACAGGCUUACUGCUACUGGUGAAGGUUAUUUUGGAACUAUACUUCGCGCUAAGCACAGCAAAAUAUAA